UCAAAUGCACGCGCACCGCUGAACUUAUCAAUACCUUUUAAUAACACUACGCGUCGGCCGUUCGGAGUCGAUUCACCGGUGUACCGGACCCGUGUUCACUUCUUUUUUUCCCACAGCGAACGAGAGCGCCCCCACCCUCCUUUCUCCUUUACGGUGACCCCCUCCCCCUCCUGCUAACGGAGAGGACCAGGAGGAAAGAGGAGCCGCUGGUCGUUCGAGGAGGAAACUGCCGAGCCGAGACAAGUCGAAGGACGCGCGGCGGAAUCAUGUGCACGUCCUCGCGCGCAGCUUACAGCGCGGAAACCCGGAGUACGAGACGCUAUGAUCGGCCGGAACCGUCACCGUCGCCCUUCUACCACUAACGUUUGUUCCGUUUGUUUAGAAGGGAUUUUGUAGCGCUUCAACACCGGAGUCCGCCUGAAGGAUGACACCUCAUCUGUGAAGAAACCAAGCAAACGAUCGAUGAUCCGUUUUCCUUUCUUUUUAUUUUACUAGCUAUGAUUGUGGAGAAAUGAACAAUUUACCGUCAAAUCUUUAUUUAUAAGGUCGGGAUGACUGAUGCCGGUAAUCUGUGUGGUGACGAGAGCGUGAGGCGUCGGGAGGCAGAAUGAGCAUCACUACACUGUUCCGAAUAUUGCGGAUGUUUCGAAAUAAAUAAAUAAAUAAAUAAGUAAUACACCGAUUUCUCCCCAUUUAUCCUGGAUGGAAAAGACGUGAACGGGUCCCACAAAUUUUUUCAUAAUGCUGAGUUGGAAAAAAAAAGGUCAAAGACGUUAAAAUCUGGUUCUUUUUCAGAAAGAUCUGAAGCCUUUAUGGCCUUUACAGAGCGAGCGGUGCAGAAGAGACCGUGUCCGUUUCCGAGCUGUCUAACAGAAGGACAAGCUUUUUUUCUACAAACUCAUUACGAUGGAUCCACAGAAAAGAUGAAGGUUUCUACAGAUUAUACAGAGAGGAAAUCUGAGCCAACGACGGGCGGUGAUGUGGAUGUAAAAAUGAGGUGAAGAAGAAACAGCCAUCUGAAUUGCAGUGAACAAGGAGACUGAACGACCCGUUUGAAUUCUUUCUCUCUUUUUAUUUAUUUAUUACUUUUUUGCUAAUCAACCCUCGGCGCCUGGAUCUCUUUUUUCCCUUUAAUUUUUCCUUUUACACGUGAGAUAAACACAGCACGUAAAUCUCGCGCGCCCCCGGUAUGUGAUGUGUGGGAUGUAAUGGUCGUCGCGCGGAACCUUCACCCCCUUCUUCCCUCCCGCUUCGUGAAGACUGGCGUUCGGCGCGUGCAGAAUGGCGCGGUUCACAGACGAGGCGCCGGCCCGGUACGGUGGAGGUGGCAGUGCAGUGGCGCAUGCGCACGGGCAGGGCGGCGCGGCGCGCGGGGCCAGCAGGCAGGGCGGCCCACCGGGAGCGCAGCGCGUGUACAAGCAGUCGAUGGCCCAGCGCGCGCGCACCAUGGCCCUGUACAACCCAAUCCCAGUGCGACAGAACUGCCUCACCGUCAACCGCUCCCUCUUCAUAUUCAGCGAGGACAACUUUGUGAGAAAAUACGCCAAAAAGAUCACCGAGUGGCCUCCUUUUGAGUACAUGAUCUUGGCCACAAUCAUCGCUAACUGCAUUGUCCUGGCGCUGGAGCAGCAUCUUCCUGAUGGUGACAAGACACCAAUGUCUGAGCGCCUGGAUGACACAGAACCUUAUUUUAUCGGCAUCUUCUGCUUUGAAUCUGGCAUUAAGAUUCUGGCUUUGGGUUUUGCCUUCCAUAAAGGCUCCUACCUCCGAAAUGGCUGGAACGUCAUGGACUUUGUAGUGGUGCUGACUGGAAUCCUAUCCACAGUGGGUUCAGACUUUGACCUGCGGACGCUGCGGGCUGUCAGAGUGCUGAGACCCUUGAAGCUGGUGUCUGGAAUUCCCAGCCUGCAGGUAGUGCUCAAAUCCAUCAUGAAGGCCAUGAUCCCUUUGCUGCAGAUCGGCCUGCUGCUUUUCUUCGCCAUUCUCAUGUUUGCCAUCAUUGGCCUUGAGUUCUACAUUGGCAAAUUUCACACCACCUGUUUCGAUGACAUCACUGAUGAAAUCCGGGAAGAGUUUCCAUGUGGAACUGAGCUCCCCUCUCGACUCUGUCCAAAUGGUACGACCUGUAGAAAAUACUGGCUUGGACCGAACUACGGAAUCACACAGUUUGACAACAUCCUGUUUGCCGUUCUCACCGUCUUCCAGUGCAUCACUAUGGAGGGCUGGACAGAUCUCCUGUACUAUAGUGAUGACGCCUCAGGCAGUGCAUGGAACUGGAUGUAUUUCGUACCCCUCAUCAUCAUCGGCUCCUUCUUCAUGCUCAACCUGGUACUUGGAGUGCUGUCUGGUGAGUUUGCAAAAGAGCGAGAAAGGGUAGAGAACCGAAGUGAGUUCCUAAAGCUGAGGCGUCAGCAACAGAUUGAGAGAGAACUGAACGGAUAUCUGGAGUGGAUCUGCAAAGCUGAGGAAGUGAUUCUCGCUGAUGAAGUCAAUGAUGGUGAUGAACGGAUGCCAUUUGAUGGAUCACGGAGAAGACCAACACUGAAGAAGAGCAAAAAUGACCUGCUGAACCCAGAUGAGGGAGAUGGAGACCUCGCGUUAGGGUCUCCGUUUGCUCGCGCCAGCCUCAAGAGCUCCAAGCUUGAGGGCUCAUCCUUCAGAAAAAAGGAACGGCGACUGCGUUUUUUUAUUCGUCACAUUGUAAAAACGCAGGCUUUCUACUGGACUGUUCUAUGUUUAGUUGGUCUGAACACGCUGUGUGUGGCUGUCGUCCACUACGACCAGCCUGAGCUGCUGUCUGACUUCUUGUACUUUGCAGAGUUCAUAUUUCUGGGUAUUUUCAUGUCAGAGAUGUGUAUUAAGAUGUAUGGACUUGGGACUCGGCCAUAUUUUCACUCAUCCUUUAACUGCUUCGACUGUAUCGUCAUAUGUGGCAGUAUUUUUGAGGUGCUCUGGGCCAUGAUCCAGCCAGGAACUUCAUUUGGGAUUAGUGUACUACGAGCUCUCAGGUUACUAAGAAUCUUCAAAGUGACCAAAUACUGGGCCUCCUUGAGGAACCUAGUGGUGUCUCUGCUGAACUCCAUGAAGUCCAUCAUCAGCUUGCUCUUCCUCCUCUUCCUCUUCAUUGUGGUCUUUGCACUGCUUGGCAUGCAGCUGUUUGGAGGACAGUUUAAUUUUGAAUCUGGAACGCCACCGACUAACUUCGAUACAUUUCCCGCAGCAAUAAUGACCGUGUUUCAGAUUCUGACAGGUGAAGACUGGAACAUGGUGAUGUAUGAUGGCAUUGAGUCUCAGGGAGGAGUCAACACGGGCAUGGUGUUCUCCAUCUUCUUCAUUGUUCUCACACUCUUUGGCAACUAUACAUUGCUGAAUGUGUUCUUGGCCAUUGCUGUAGACAAUCUAGCCAACGCACAAGAAUUGACAAAGGAUGAACAAGAGGAAGAGGAAGCAGCCAAUCAGAAAAUGGCUCUUCAGAAAGCAAAGGAAGUGGCAGAAGUGAGUCCACUGUCUGCUGCCAAUCUCUCCAUUGCAGCUAAGGAGCAGCAGAAGAACCAUAAGGGUUCUAAGUCAGUGUGGGAGCAGCGCACUAGCGAGCUCCGAAGACAGACACUGAUGACCAGCAGAGAGGCGCUGUACAAUGAGCUGGACCCUGAGGACCGCUGGAAGGUGUCAUACUCUCGCCACAUACGACCUGAUAUGAAGACUCACCUAGACCGGCCACUUGUUGUGGAUCCUCAAGAAAACCGAAACAACAACACUAACAAGAACCGACCAGGAGAAGGGCCUCUUUUCCAUUCUACAGUAGGAGGUGGGGGAAGAGGAGGGGGAUCUGCUGUAGCCCGGAAACUAGAGAGAGGAGAAUCCACAGAAUCUCACCAAGGCUACAGGAAAGGUGAGAAUCAGAGCCAUGCUGUCACUGAGAGCACUGAGGCUGGCACGAAGGAUCCACACCGGAAGAGAGAACAUCGCGGGCAGAGAUCUGGACGCCCUCGACAACACCGUAAGGCUCUGGAUGAAGAAUCUGAGAAUGGUUUAGGAGGAGGAGGCAGGAGGCACCGAAAUAAAGGAACAGAGGUGGGGGUGGAAAGCGAGCAAGCAGAUGGAGCUGAGCGAAGGCAGAGGUGUCACAGACAUGGAGAGAAAGAAGGGAGGAGGGAAAGAGGAGAGCAGGGGGAGAGGGGCCGACACCGCAGGAAGGAGGGCCCUACUCUGUCCACCACUCGUCCCAUUCAGAAGACUUUGUCUAGGCAGGACAGCCAAUACAGUGAGGACCUGGACAAUGUGAUGAACAGCAAGCUUGCUACCCAGCCAUUAGUUCCCUCAGAUACCCGUGGGCCAAGCAGCCGCUCCACACCCCACUCCAGCCUCCUGAGCCUGGUUAGCAGCACCCACGGUUCCCGCCUGGCUCCUAUGGGCACAGAGAGUAGUUUCAUUCUCCCCAAUCCUGUGUCCACCACAAUUAACCUUGUUCAUUUAGAUGCCAAGCCAGACUACACAGCCAUAGACAUGCCACCCAUGUUCCCGUCUGCCAACGCCAUUCUGCAGGUCAAUAAGAAUGCCAACACAGAACCGCUGCCCAAAAAAGAGGAUACGAAAGGUGACGAUGAUGAUGAUGACAAAGAUGACGGAGGGCCUAAACCUAUGCCCCCUUACAGCUCUAUGUUCAUCCUGUCCACAACUAACCCGUUUCGCAGGUUGUGUCACUAUAUCGUAACCCUGAGGUACUUUGAGAUGUGCAUUUUGCUGGUCAUUGCUAUGAGUAGUAUUGCUCUUGCUGCUGAAGACCCAGUGUGGCCCGAGUCCCCCCGGAACAAUGUUCUACGUUAUUUUGAUUACGUCUUCACAGGUGUGUUCACCUUUGAGAUGCUUAUAAAGAUGGUGGACCUAGGUUUGGUACUUCAUCAAGGAUCCUAUUUCCGUGACCUGUGGAACAUUCUGGACUUUAUAGUGGUCAGUGGUGCCCUGGUAGCCUUUGCGUUCACAGGAAGCAGUAAAGGGAAGGACAUCAGCACCAUCAAGUCACUGCGUGUGUUAAGAGUCUUAAGACCACUGAAAACCAUCAAACGCCUCCCUAAGCUUAAGGCUGUGUUUGACUGCGUGGUGAACUCUCUGAAAAAUGUGCUGAACAUCCUCAUUGUCUACAUGCUCUUUAUGUUCAUCUUCGCUGUGGUGGCAGUGCAGCUCUUCAAGGGCAAAUUUUUCUACUGCACUGAUGAGUCCAAAGAAUUUGAACGCGACUGCAGGGGUGAAUACCUGGUGUAUGAACGAGAUAAUGAAGUCAAGGCGCAGAAACGAGAAUGGAAGAAAUAUGAUUUCCACUAUGACAAUGUGCUUUGGGCUUUGCUUACACUCUUCACUGUUUCCACGGGAGAGGGCUGGCCACAGGUUUUGAAACACUCCGUUGAUGCGACUUAUGAGAACCAGGGUCCAAGUCCUGGCUACCGCAUGGAGAUGUCCAUCUUUUAUGUCGUCUACUUUGUGGUCUUCCCCUUCUUUUUUGUCAACAUCUUUGUUGCCCUGAUCAUCAUUACCUUCCAGGAACAAGGGGACAAGAUGAUGGAGGACUACAGCCUGGAGAAGAAUGAGAGAGCCUGCAUCGACUUUGCCAUCAACGCCAAGCCUCUGACUCGCCACAUGCCACAGAAUAAGCAGACAUUCCAGUACCGCAUGUGGGAGUUUGUGGUGUCGCCACCGUUUGAGUACACCAUCAUGGCCAUGAUCGCCCUCAACACCAUUGUCCUCAUGAUGAAGUAUGAUGGAGCUUCAGAUGUCUAUGAGAAGAUGCUGGCCAACCUGAACAUUGUGUUCACAUCGUUGUUCUCUUUAGAGUGUCUGCUGAAGAUCAUUGCUUUUGGUGCACUGAAUUAUUUUAAAGACGCCUGGAAUAUCUUUGACUGUGUGACGGUCCUUGGCAGCAUCACCGAUAUUUUAGUCACAGAGCUAGGGAAUAACUUCAUCAAUUUGAGUUUUCUGAGACUCUUCAGGGCUGCCCGUCUUAUUAAGCUCCUCAGGCAGGGUGAAACUAUUCGCAUUCUACUCUGGACUUUUGUUCAGUCUUUUAAGGCCUUGCCUUAUGUGUGCCUACUCAUUGCUAUGCUGUUCUUCAUCUAUGCCAUCAUUGGCAUGCAGCUGUUUGGGAACAUUGCAAUCGAGGAGGACAAAGACAGCUCCAUCAACCAGCAUAACAACUUCAGGACUUUUUUCCAGGCUCUUCUUCUCCUUUUCAGGAGUGCAACAGGAGAGGCGUGGCAUGAUAUAAUGCUGUCAUGUUUGGGAGGAAAGGGAUGUGAUCCCCUCUCUGGGAACAUGGAGCCAGAGUGUGGAAGCGAGUUUGCAUACCUUUACUUUGUCUCCUUCAUCUUUCUCUGUUCCUUCCUGAUGUUGAAUCUCUUUGUGGCUGUUAUAAUGGAUAAUUUUGAGUAUCUGACAAGAGACUCCUCAAUUCUGGGCCCUCAUCACCUGGAUGAGUAUGUGAGGAUCUGGGCAGAAUAUGACCCUGCAGCAUGCGGGCGCAUUCAUUAUAAGGAUAUGUACAGUUUAUUGCGAGUUAUCGACCCCCCGCUGGGCUUAGGAAAGAAAUGCCCUCAUAGGGUGGCCUGCAAGAGACUCCUGCGAAUGGAUUUACCAGUCGCAGAUGACAACACAGUGCACUUCAACUCCACCCUCAUGGCCUUAAUCCGCACUGCUCUGGACAUCAAGAUCGCCAAGGGGGGUGUUGAUAAGCACCAAAUGGAUGCUGAGCUGAGAAAAGAGAUGAUGGCAAUUUGGCCCAAUCUCUCACAGAAGACUCUGGACCUGCUGGUCACACCUCACAAGGCGACAGACCUGACAGUGGGGAAGAUUUAUGCAGCCAUGAUGAUUAUGGAGUAUUAUAGGCAGAGCAAAGCCAAGCGCACUCAGGCUCUUCGAGAUGAACAGAAUCGAACGCCAUUAAUGUUUCAGCGCCUGGAGCCACCAUCACCGACGCAGAAUGCUGGUCAGGGACUCAAUGGUCUUUCUGAACCACAACUGGACCCUAACAACUUGGCCGUGGAUGGGGGCAUCCCGGAGAGCCAGUCAUGGGUCACGGCCAGAGCUCAGGAGAUGUCUCAGAAGGCAGGCAGCUGGAGCCCAGAAGGCCAGCCAACAGAGGACAUGACUGAUAACCGUCCCACAUCACAGACGGUAGAGAUGAGAGAGAUGGGGCGGGACGGGUUUUCGGACACUGAGCCCUUCCUGCCAAUGGAAGGCUACAGCAGGGCAGCUUCCAUGCCUCGACUCGCGGCAGAAAACCAACAGCAGCCAAGGAGGAGAGGAAGGCAUCGAGGGAAUAACCUCAGUACUAUAACAGAUAACAGCCCUAUGAAGCGAUCAGCCUCGUCACUUGGCCAUGGCCGUUUGGGAAGGGGACCACGGGCUGAUGAUUAUGCAGUGGACCGAGUGAUGCCAGAGGAAGGACCAAGGCAUGGACAUCGCCGCCGAGAUCGCAGCCACCGAGCCUCUGAGCGAUCGCUCAGCCGCUACACUGAUGCUGACACAGGUCUUGGCACAGAUCUGAGCACCACCACACAGUCGGGUGACAUGCCUCCUAAAGAAAAAGAUCGCGAACGUGGCCGUGCCAAAGAGCGGCGACACCAUCACCACCACCACCACCACCACCACCACAGCUCGGUGGAGAAGGAGCACUACACACCUGAGAGAGAGCGAGGAGACUAUGGGCACCGGCAACGACGCUGGUCCCGGUCACCCAGUGAGGGUCGAGAGUGCCUCACUCACCGACAGGGCAGUAGUUCGGUGAGCGGCAGCCCCGUGCCCUCAACAUCUGGGACAAGUACACCUCGGCGAGGUCGACGCCAGCUGCCCCAGACACCUGCCACCCCACGCCCACAUGUCACCUACUCACCUGUGGUCCGUAAACCAGUUGGUACACCGCCUUCAGGUCCACAGAGCCGCCUACCCACCCCAACCCAGAGGCGUUUCUCUCCACCUGUGCCUGAUCCAUCUGUACCCUCUCAUCAUGGCUCUGGCCGUCGUCCCCGCUGGGGCCCAGGCUCUUCUGAUGGCGCUCCUGGUGAUGGCUUUUCUGAUUUUGAACGAGUGAACCACGGGUGUGAGCCACCCGCCUACGAGCCAAACCCAGGACAGGGCAACCCGCACCCACAUAACCCACCACCGCACCCACGUUCACCUAGGACUGCUCGACCCCCUGGUGCUCGUCGCAUGCCUAAUGGGUACCGUUCCUCCUCACCCUCACCACAGCAACAUGCACCCCCUCACAGCGCAUCUCACAAGCCUCCGCAUCCCAGAGGGCCCAGGAAAGGGCUGCAUGAACCCUACAGUGAAACAGAUGAGGAUGACUGGUGCUAGCCUCUGGGAGAGGGGAGGGAGGGAGCAAGGACACAAGAAAGAAAGGAAGAGAUCACACUGUAAGUUGUUGGAAUAAGACACAAUCAGAGACUAGAUAUUUAGACAUGGGAGGCGGGUUUUCCUUGGAAUCUGGAAUCCUCUGAGAAAAUGGAAUGACAAAGGGUUAGAUUAAAUUAAUUUGGGAACAGCACAGAAAAGAGACUUCAGAAAUUAGUCGAGAGAGGCAGAUCCCUGACUCUCCUUGCUCUAGGGCUAACACCAGGAAUUGUGUUGGUGCUAGUGAUGGGCAGAAGUGAUGGGGUUGGAGAGGACAAAUGUUAGGGUUAGAGAACAUGACAGCGUUUGCUUUUGUAGGACCCAUCAACAGGCAAGGGUCACUUGUGUAAGUGUGCAUGUUUCAGAAAAGCACAGCAGAAGUGUGCUGGGAGGCUCAGGGGAAAAUUGAGGCAUGCUUCCCUUCUUUUUAUUAUGUUUUUCUUUUCUUUUUCUCUACUGCCUGCUUUUCCUGCACAGGACUGGAUGAUUUAGGAAAGAUGAAGUGGGUUGGGGUGGGGGAUAAGAAAAUCUGAAAAAUAAUAACUCUUUGUAAAGGAAAAGAAAAUUCAAGAUUGCUCCUUUUGGCAAGAGGAAUUUCUGCAUUUCUGAAACUGUUGUGUAUCUUCUGCAGACAAAAUGACAAAUGGCACAAUUGUGGUGAAUAGACCUCAGAAAAGGUGACAAGUUCACAAUCUGAACAUGGAGAUUGACCAAUGGCUUUACUCAACUUGACUGGAGCACCAUCUAUUGCAAAAAUCGACCCACAUGUUGGGUAAUAUUGAUGAGUUUUAUCAUCUGUGUUUACUGUUAAUAAUAAUUUCCGUGAGGGUGAGGAGGCCUCUGGCCCUGUGUGUGUUUGCAACUGUGUGCGUGCGGGUGUGCGUGUGUGUGUGCGUGCACGUGUGUAUGUGUGCGCACGCAUGUGUGCGCGUGCGUGUGUACAUGUGUGUGUGUGUGUGCGUGCAUCUAAGAGAGAGGGUGGGUUUUGCUUAAAUGAUAGGUUUGGGCUGGGGCACACACACACUGACUGUAUUUGGGAAUCCAGGCCCUCAUAGCUCCUGACCUUUAAAACUUGAGAGAGAAGAAACACAAAUGAAAAGAGGAGAUGGAAAAAAUGAACCAGUCUUCACUCUUCCUUCUUCUAUUGCUUCUCCUCCUUCUUCUGCUUCUUGUUAGAGACAUUGAAGCUUGAUUCUUCUGUUGCACUGCAAAUCUUUGUUUGAACUCCUAGAAUAAAAAAAAACCCUUGCAUGAUUGAAACAACAACAAAAAAUUAACAAAGAAAAUUUUGAAUGAAUUGGGGUGGGGUGAAUAUUCUUGGUCUUUCAUUAUGUCUGUAAAGUUCUCUCUCCUGUCCCUGGCCUCCACCCUUCACUCCUAUCUGAAAUUGUCCCUCACACUUUUAGGGAUGGCACAAAGGGAACAAGAGUCCAGCUCUCUCCAAUUUUAAUAUGUUGCUUUCUUUUUAUAGUAAAGUAGGACAGAAUCCUACUAAAACUUUUGUAACAUACUUAUUUCCACAUGGACAGUGUUGCUAUGAUUAAGAUAAAAACCCAAGAUUGAUAGAUUAUUACUGAAUCAACAGAACAGCUAUUUUAGAGCUAAAAAUCAUCUUGUAACAUUAUUUGCAUUUACUUCACAAAUUAAUAAUUUGCUCAUUUGCCCCGAAAUGUAAACACACACACACACACACAGUGUUUAUUCACAUGGACUCUUUUCCCCUUACUCUAGUCUUCCAGGGUGUGAUGGAGUGAGAAGGGAGUGGAGGAGGUGAAAAGAGAGAGAACCUCUUCAUCUUUCUAGUAGAUUUGUUAUUGAUGAGGAAGAGGAGACCCCCAGAAGAUAAGAUGAUGAUGAUUAUGAUGACUUUGAUUUUGUUUUGGAUUCAGCUGUGCUCUUUGUAUUGCCAUAUCUGUUUUGGUGUGGUUCUGUUCAUGUGGUAUGUGGAGCUCUGUAGCAGUGAUGCUUCCUGGGCCAUGGUUGUCUCACCUUUGACCUCUAGCUAACCUAGUCUUCAUUGGUAUUUAUCAUGCACACACGUUCUUUAUUCAUCAAAAGUAAAAACACAAUGUCUUAGAUGUAAAAACUCCUAUUUUCAUAGAAUGUCAAAUUAUUAGGUAUAAAUACAUGUAUAUUGUGAAUUAAUACAGCUGUACAUAAAUAAUAUUUAAAUAACCUAGCUCAAAUCUACAUGAAUAUUAUUUUUUAUGAUUACAAUUUUAUUAUUAGGUCAAUAAAGCUGAUUAAAGCAGAGAACAUGUUAAUGGUCGUAUAUGUAAAGAGACUAAAAGAAUAGAAAAGCCCUGAUGUGUUGAGUUCAGGAUUAAUGUUUGCCCUUUUUGCAUACACAAAAUCAGUUUUUCAAAAUAGAUUUACUGUCCAGUUUUAGAGUAUGUCCAUUUGGAAUGCUAUGUGUAAAAUAAUGUUAUGUGGCUGUAUGUUUGAGAAAGGGACAGAGCUCCACUACCUCCAGCAGACCAGUAGAUGGCACUGUGCUUCACAGUAUAGACCUGACUCAUUGUUACACUUUUUGUGUUUCUUAUUUAUGUCGAUGCUCUGUACAUGUGGAUUUGCUAUUUAUGUGGUGCACCAUUCUGUGUUCAGGACAUGUCACCCAGUCAAUCAGAUGGCACAGGAACACAGAAACACAAAUCAAACUGCAUGGGUUGAAACAAUGACCGGGCCUUUUCUGCCAAAACCUGUCUCUUGUGUCCCACUGAUCUUUGUGUCCCUGCAGCCCAAAUGUAACUAGUCUCCCAGUUACAUUUAAACUCCUGCAUUUAGUUGUAAAAUCCACUGCCAAAAUCAUUCUGAAGCACACAGGCAUCAUUAUAUAUGUAGCAUUUAAUACUAACAUGCAUAGCACAUUGUUGGUGUGUGUGUGUGAGAGAGGGAGAGAGAAAGAGAGAGCAAGUGAUAAACUUAAGCCUUUAUUUUUACACAAAGCUUCUAGAUAGUAAAAUAGUGUUGAAUGUACAGCAAAAGGCUCCCACUGCUUCUUGAUCAUUAGCUUGUGUGAUUGAGAAUAUAACUGAAUAAUUAAUAUUAAAUCAGUUUAUAUAAGAAACACAGUGCAUCUAAUAAUACAAAAGACCUGAUGGUUUAAUAGACUAAUAAAAAUUCAAAUUAUUAAAUAGGUCACAACACUUUGGUAGUUUAAAGGUUUCUCUGUAUAAUGUCAUUCGAAAGCCACAAUUAAACUUAAACACACAACAAAAUUUACAAAAUUUUUAAUUCACAACCAGUGAAGAAUUAUUGAGAACAUGCUGUGCAGCAACCCUAAAGUCAAGAACAGUGAUUUUAAAAAGGUCACUUUCAAUUAUUUAAUGUUUUGUCUUUUUUCAUUUGCUUUUAAAAAAUAAAAAAGCGGUAUUGUUAGGAUUUAAAUUGCAAUUCACACAAUACAGUUCUUGGUUUCAUUUCAGUGAUUCACACAUUGAACUUUAGUUAGUUCAUACAUUAUGUAUUUAAAAUUAUCCAAUAAUUAAAACAUAAAUAAAUUAUUAUAUUACUAAUAUAUUGUAUAUAUGAAGGAAGCUUAAAUAAUUUCUAACAAAUAUAUAUAAAGCAAUUUAAAAUGAUAUAACCAACCUUUAAUUAUGGGGCUAAUGUACAUCAUAAUAUACAAAAGCAAGUGGGAGCCAGAAAUACAGGAAUUCUUUUUGUGUGCGUGUGUGUGUGUUUGUCUGUCUGCCUGUGUGUAUGUGUGUGUGUGUGUGUGUGUGACAUUUCUCUCACAAAACCAAACCAUAACCAGCAGAAUAAAAAAAAAAAAAAGAGACAAAAUCCCCCCAAUAAUUCAGAACAAAAAGUGAAGGUAUUUAAUUCAAGAACUGCAUGUGCUAUGUGCAUGCCAUACCGUGGAACUUCAUCUUCAGGAAUAAAAAAUAAGUAUAGUAUUAUUGAAAAAUGACUAUAGAGAAAUGUUUUUAAAAGCAUCAUGUUCCUUUUCUUUCUAUUUUUAAAACAAAAUUAAAAAAUGACAAAAAAAAAAAAAUCUAAAGAGAUAAAUGACUUUGCAAAUUUAAAUUGAUAUAUUUAUUCUUCUUGUUUUUCAACUUGGAGGUGAGACAUUUCAAAAAUAUGUUCAGGACACACUAUAACUUCUGUCAUAAAAAAAGAAAUAAAAGCAAAUGUGGACAAAUCCUCUGUUAAUUUGCAUAAGGAUCUAUAUUUUACAUCAUCCUGUUGACUAUAUCUUUGCAUAGGCUUCAUAAGAUUUUUUUUAUGAAAA